AUGGCUUCGUCCACGGUGCAAGAAACCACAGAAGACGGUGGAACGCAAAGUAGUCCAAAAUGUACCGCUCCAGAGCUUCUGCUGAAGGUGGUAUUAAUUGGAACUUUGAGCCAUUACGAAACUCGUGGGAUGAUUGAUGAUAAGAGACUGGAACACAUGCUACUUGCGGGCAAGCAAAUACUGUACAAAAGCCACCAGGAAAGUGACGUAAGACAAAAUCUAGGUUUCUCACCUGCGAUAUGGCAGGGGCUUACUGAUGUGCUCACCAAAGCUAUCCCGGUACUGGAAUCGCAAUCUUUUGCGUGGAAGAAUCCGACAUCUGCAAACUAUGACGGCUCCUCAUCGAACCUGAUUGCGUAUAACUACUUCCCCCUCGUAAAAGACAUUGAACGAUUGAAUGAUCUCUGUACAAUUGCUCGGAACCUACUUGCAACAACCAAAAAGGCGCAAAAUCUGGCUGCAGAAAAGGGAUUUGAUCAGAAGAUUUUGAUGCUGAUUGAUACUUGCGUUAGAGUGACUGCCAGAGGAUAUGACGGAGAAAGCAACGCGAGAAAUGAAGAGAGAUGGCAAAAGGUUGUCAGCCUCUAUAAACGGCUAUUGAUUACGUGCCUUCAGUUUCUCCAUAAUUUCAUUAUGCACAAUGAACACCGAAAGCUCGUUCUCUGGCUGGAUCUGUUCGGCUACCACCAAAAUGGUGAAUCUAGCAUCAUUACCCAUAUGGAACCUCUGGAUCAAUCAAACAAUGCUGCCCAAGGACUUGCGCCCAUUGUUAGAGCCGGGGAGCGACUUGUUAAUCCGCCGCUUAGGACACUUUAUGACCAAACUGCCGAGGACUUAUUAUUAGAGACUAUUUCAUCUUUCCCAAGGGAGCCUGCCACCAUAAAAGAAGAGGCUGCUAUGCUACUGUUAGCUAAUAUCAAGGACCAUAUGGAAAAGCUCCUUGGUCGAAAUUUGAAGGAGAUCCAGCAGAUGGGUAAAGAUCCCGAGCGUGUCAAGGAAAUUCGGGCGGCUCUCACUGCCAUUCUAGGUGCAAAAGUGGACGGCUGGGCGGACUUGAACGACCGUCAAGCAGGUCCAUCUCGAGUUGAGGAAGAGCCUACGCGCAAAAAGCCUAUUUUAAGCAUCGACAGAAGCGCUACGGCAGGCUUCCCACGCACAUGCUGGACAGAUUUCCCAAAUCUUGAUGAAUAUGGUGUUAUAUCUGCGGUUGAUGCUCCAGUAACCCCGGAGGACCGAAUUAUGACGCGCUCAGCACAGUCUGCAGCUGAAACUCUCCAAGAAGCUAAAGAUGAACUAAUGACGCGCUUACAAGAAACCUCACCUGUCCUUACAGAGGGCGAGCAUCACUAUGAUGGUAUGGAGCGUACUGGUGUUGCUGAUGAUGAUUCACGAAGCUUGGAAGCAGUAGCGGAUGGUAGCGUUGAGGAAGAAGAAGACGAGGAAGACGAUGACGAUGAUUAUAGGGGGCGGCCAGGAGACCAGCAGCGCGGCCUAUUGACUGAUAUCCCUUUGGUGUUAGGGCCUGCUGAAAUUGAAGCUCUACCAAUGUUAAUCCAGGCUGGAAUUGUGGACAGUUUUGGACCCAAAGGUGGUCCUAAAACGGGAUCUAAAAACAUGCAAGCUGUUCGUUGUCAUAUCCUGCUUGCCCAAGAAACUGGGCGGAAUCUGCUUAGAGAGCUCCUAAUAUUUAUUGCUGCAUGGGAUCUCCCCGACGACGAGCUUUACUUCAAAAUGAUGGUUCAGAUUAUGGAAGCCGUCCUGAACAAUGGACUCAUGUCGCACGCCUAUUCUGAUUUCGGACAGGCCAAGGAUAUUAUAUCCCCUGCGCAAGCUGUUGUGAUAAAAAUUCUCACCCAUAUUUUCCGGUCGAAAUACUCACCGCCAAACAUUGCAUCUACGGCAGAAAGCCCAACCGGGAGAAGUUCUAUUACUGUUACUAAAGUUGAUGUUCUGACGGUGCGCUAUAUUUUCACUAUCUUCCGUGGAAAUAUCAUUCCAGAGACAUGCGCUUUGAUUUAUCUUCAGGGACAAAUUCGAGCUGGUCAUGCCCUUCCUGAAGAUUUCCCACUGAAUUUGUGGGACAUGGAACGAGUGUAUGAAGGAGUUUACCAAUUUCUUGAAUUCUUUGCGGUUCUGACGGAAAAUACCGAAUGGAAGAACCUCCUCGUCCAGUGGGAGAUUGUAUACGAUUUGGUGACUUUGAUCAAAGAGUUGGAAGCUAGCAUUCCUAAGGGAUCUCUCAGCUCACUGACCCAAGCAGUUGCGGCGGCAGCUCCAAGGACUCCCCAGCAAAACCCGUCCAACGAGGCUUCUCCCUCCGAAAGUGACAGUGCAGUCGUUGCCCCAGUAGCAGUUGAACGGCCAUAUGAUCCAAAUGAUUCCGAGCCAGUCGAUAAUGCCACCGUUGGCCCAGAGUCUAGGGUACCUUCGCCACCAAUUGGCAACGAAGACCCAGCUGAAUUUGAAUGGCGUAACCUAAAGAAACUGGUUAUAUUGGUGCUCUCCUCUCUGGUUUGGAAAUGUCCUCAGGUCCAGAAUCAAAUUCGAAAAUAUAGUGGGAUUGAGACUAUCCUAUCCUGUACUGCCUUCGAUGCUCAUAAUCCAUACAUCAAAGAACAUGCUGUCAUGUGUUUGAAGUUCCUGCUUGAAGGAAACCGGGAAAAUCAAAAGCUAGUGGAGCAGCUAGAGGCCCGAGAGGUGGUUCAGGACGAUUCCAAGAUACUAGAGAAGAGCGGGUAUGAAGCAGUUUUGGGCCAGACAGGGAAACUUUCGCUUCGUACAAAAGAGGUCAAUGGCCCUCCGCCUCCACCACAGGGUAGCUAG